CGCUCCAUCAGUGGAUGCUCCCAAAGCAAUCUUCACUCAAUGACCGUGUCCAGCGAUCGUCUUCCGACAAUGCCCCAAGAUGACCAGGCAGCGAGCCCAGCCCCAGUCGACGUAGGUGAUACGAACGACCAUCGGCCCUGGAAGAAGGCGGUGCGGGUCAAGACCUGGCUUGUCAUCGACUUGACUGGCCGAGUCCAGCAGAUCGAUGCCGGGAAGCAUUCGAUCAUGCGCCGCACGGGGCUCUCAGCCCGUGACCUCCGGAUCCUCGACCCAUUCCUCUCGUACCCGUCAUCCAUCACGGGCCGUGAGAGGGCGAUUGUGAUCAAGUUGGAGCACAUCAAGGGGAUACUCACUGCGCAUGAUGUCUGGUUGCUGAACUCUAGGGACCCGGCGGUGGUUCCUUUCGUGGAGGAGCUCAAGCGACGGUUCUUGAAUUAUCAUGAAGCCAACACAGCCAAGAUUCGCCGAAACGGCAGCGGUGAGCAAACUGCGGAGGAGCUGACAAAAAUCCUUGAAGGUACGCAAGAUGGGGAACGCGGUCAAGUGUUGAAGGAACAACAAGACAGAUUGCAGACUCUUCCUUUCGAGUUUGUUGCUUUAGAGGCAUGCCUUGAAGCUGCUUGCUCCUGUUUAGACGACGAGACAGAGGCAUUAGAGAAAGAGGCUUAUCCCGCUUUGGAUAACCUAACUUCGGAGAUCAGUAGCUUCUACCUCGAAAGGGUUCGUCAGAUUAAAGGUCGUUUGGUUGCAUUAACUCAACGCGUACAAAAGGUAAGGAAUGAGCUCGAGCAUCUUCUUGAGGAUGAUGGAGACAUGGCGGGGAUGUAUUUGACCAGCAAACUGCUUCAGGAAGAAGAUGACAACUCUUCUUCUUCUUUAGAUACCAUCGAGGAAGACGAAGAUCAUGAACUAAACAAUGACAGGCAUCACAGUGGAGAUCCUGAUAUCUCACCCGACGACGGCUUGACUCCUCUGCAUGGCUUGCUGAAUGAUGAAAUCGAAAGGGUGGAGAGCAACAGUUCUCACGGUGCCCCAGCCAGGCAUGCCGACGUGGCAGAGUUAGAGAUGCUCCUAGAGGCAUACUUUGUGCAAGCUGAUGGCACACUUAACAAGCUCUCUACACUGAGGGAAUACGUCGACGACACAGAGGACUACGUGAAUAUAAUGUUGGACGACAAACAAAACAAUCUUCUGCAGAUGGGAGUGCUGUUAACAACUGCUAUUCUGGUGAUCAGCGUGUACAUAGCCAUUGUUGGCGUGUUGGGCAUGAACAUCACCAUCAACCUUUGGCAUCCCCCAAAUAAUUCGCAGGAAGACUUCCUAUGGACCAUUGGCGCUUGCUCCAUUGGGACCAUCAUAUUGUAUGUCGGCAUAGUCGCAUUGUACAAAUACAAAGGUGUGAUAUAUUAAGGGCAUGCAGAAAUUUAAGAUUACCUGCAAAAUAAACUAAAUGUUUAGGUAGACAUCCUCCAUGGAUAGUCUGUUAUGACUACUGCAAAACUGUAAUUCUGAACUUGUAGCUCAUGUAAUCUUGAAGCAUGUGGACACAAGGUGAGAUGAUUCCCAGUACAAUGAAGUAGAAAAGAAAAAAGGAUA